AACACGUGUAUCAUGACGUGGAUGUUGCUGCCUUGGCACUUCCUCUCCUCCCUCCGUCUUCACCACUCUCUCUCCCUCUCUCUCUCUGCAAAAUAUGAAGUGAUGAAGUCUUCCCUCUCAACGUUUCUUAGAGAGAGAAAGUGCAGAGACUGAUAAAUCUAGGGUUAGAGAAAGUGUUUAUACUCUGUUUUCUUUUUCUCAGCAUUGAAGAUAUUCGAAGCUCUUCAAUCGUUUUUUCUUUUUCUUUUUAUUUAUUUUUUCUAUUUUUGGUUCCGGAGGUUAAGAGAAGGAGUUUAUGUGGUUCGAGAAUUGAAGCUUGACAGGCAAUCCUUUGUGCAUCUUCCCUAAGUGGAACAGGUUUGGUGGCUGUGGAAAAAGGAAUUUCGUGCUUCAUAUCUGAAUCAAUAGAGAGUCUCAGUUUGGUGCUUGACCAUGGGAAAUAGUGAAGAGGGAAAGGCUUGUAAGCCUGAGAAACCAUCCUCACCUGCACCGGAUCAAACCAGUAUUCAUGUGUAUCCUGAUUGGGCAGCCAUGCAGGCAUAUUAUGGCCCCAGGUUUGCUGUACCACCAUAUUUCAACUCAGCUGUUGCAUCUGGUCAUGCCCCUCACCCGUAUAUGUGGGGACCACCACAGGCUAUGAUGCCACCUUAUGCGGCAAUCUACGCUCAUGGAGGCGUUUAUGCACAUCUUGGAGUGCCUCUUGGGUUGCAUUCACAAGGUCAUGGGGUUCCAUUGUCCCCUGCUGUGAAUGAAGCCUUGGUAGUGGCUGCUACAGCUUCGAGCAUGGACACACCUACCAAGUCAGAAGGAAAUACAGAUCGAGGCUUAAUGAAAAAAUUGAAAGAGUGUGCAAUGUCAAUAGGGGGUGAUAAUGCUGAGGAUGGGGCUUACCAUGGGGUUUCUCAGAGUGCGGAGACUGAAGGUUCCAGUGAUGGAAGUGAUGGGAAUAUGGCAGGGGUGGGUCAAAAUGGUAAGAAAAGAAGCCGGGAGGGAACACCUACUGUUGGUGGAGAUGGGAAGAUGGAGACACGGAACAGUCCAGUUCCUUCCAGUGAAGUUAGUGGAGCUUCUAAUAAGGCGAUUAGAGUCACUGCUGUUCCUGCAAGUGUUGCAGGAAAAGUGUUGGGAAAUGUACUUUCUCCUAGCAUGGCAACUACAGCAUUGGAGCUUAGGAAUACUCCUAGUGCAAAUCCAAAGACCAAUUCAACUAGUGUUCCACAACCUUGUGUGGUGAUGCCGAAUGAAGUCUGGUUAAAGAAUGAGAGGGAGCUGAAACGGGAGAAGAGAAAACAGUCUAAUCGAGAAUCUGCGAGAAGGUCAAGAUUAAGGAAGCAGGCUGAGAGUGAAGAACUUGCAAAGACUGUCGAAUCCCUAACAACUGAGAAUAUGUCACUUAAAACAGAGAUUACUCGAUUAACAGAUAAUUCAAAAAAAGUGAAGCUUGAAAACAUUACAUUAAUGGACAAACUGAAAAAUCCUCAACUACAAGAACAAGAAGAGGUGAUUUUAAGUAAGGCUGAUGACAAUUGGGGGGUCAAUACAAAGAACCUGCUGUCGAGAGUCCACAAUUCUGGUUCCUUUGACGGAAAUGGUAAUGACAGUGAAAUGCACGAGAAUAACUCAAACUCCAGUGCAAGGCUUCGUCCACUCCUGGACACAAGUUCCCGCCGAGCCAAUGCUGUUGGCGCUGGCUGAUCAAGUAACCUGUAAUUCUGCACCCAUCUUAAAUUUUAAAUUUAGAAUGUGAUUUUGGCAUAAUUACAAGCCCAAAGUUGCUGCUAACAGUAGCAUAGUAAUUAAAUAAUGGAAUAGGAGGAUUUGAAGACACUGGACUCUUCCACUUGUGAGGUAACUAUUUCCUUGGCAGAACUGAUGUGUUUUUUUAGAUUCAGAGUGCUGGGAUGGCCACUGAUAGUUGAUGUAACUUGGAAAUCUAGAUUUGCUAAUGUCAUGAAACCUAUUUAUACGUUUCCUGUGAUUUUCGAAGCUGUAUGAACCUCUUUUCGUUGAAAUAUAUGCCUCCUGUUUGUUGCUGCCAA